CCCAACAUUUUUAUCAAACAUUUAACACCUCGAAGAUUAUACUUGCAAUAAUCACAAUGAGUUCAUUUUCUCUAUUGUAUGUCUUGGGCUUAUCUCUUAUUAUGGUUCAUGUUGCACAAGCCCAAAACUCACCAUCCGACUAUGUCAACGCCCACAACGCAGCAAGAUCCCAGGUUGGUGUCCCAAAUAUUGUUUGGGACAACACCGUAGCUGAGUUUGCGCAAAACUAUGCUAAUAAACGUAAGGAUUGUCAAUUGAUCCACUCGGGUGGUGGUGGCCGUUACGGGGAGAAUCUCGCGGGAAGCUCCGGUGACUUGAGUGGCACGAAUGCGGUGAAAUUGUGGGUGGAUGAGAAAAGAAACUACAAUCAUGGUAGUAAUUCAUGUGUUGGUGGUGAAUGCCUCCAUUAUACUCAAGUGGUUUGGAAAAAUUCCAAACGGCUUGGAUGUGCUAAAGUGAGAUGUAACAAUGGAGGAACAUUCAUUACAUGCAAUUAUGAUCCCCCUGGCAACUAUAUUGGCCAAAGCCCAUACUAAGUGCAUGAUUCAUAUUUCAUAAUAUACUUGUUUCAAUUUAGCUAUAUAUAUAUAAACUAUAUAACAUAUAGUGAAUAAAUAAAUAAGACCAAGGAAAACGUAAGUAAUGAUCGAGUUCCUGACUCAUUAUUAUUUUAUGUAAUAAUGUUCGAUCAUAGUUGAUCAUAUAUAUACUUGCAAGUUAAUACGAUUAGUCUUAAGAAGUUUGUAUUUUGUAAGUGAAAUCUCUCUCUUGUAUUCCAUCAUUCUCCCUAUCCCUUUUUAGAUAUCUUGGAAUAAAUAAAUCCAUCAAUGCUUAUACCA